CGCAAAUGUAUUGAAUAAUCUUUUUCUAAUUAAUAAAAAAUUAAUAUAAAUAUGUAAAAAUAAAUUUGAAGAAGAGAAAGAUUUGAUUAAUGAAUGUAUUUGAACAGAAGAACUCGUAAAAAUAGUAUACUUAUUAAUUGUUCCACUAGCAAUAUUGUUCAAGAGAGCUAUGGAUGCUUUGGAUUUACUACAUAUCCAACCUUGGGCAUAUAAUAAAACUACCUAUAUGAUAAGUCCUCGAUUAGGGAAAAUUGAAAAUAUUCAUGACGAUUUAAACAAACAAAUUUUAUCACGUGAUGACAUUUCUACAUACUUAUGGGCGAUAAAUACUGUUGAUAAUUUUUUUCGAAUAAUAAUGGCUGGUGUAAAUCAUGACGCUUCACAAUAUUGUGUAUUUGUACAAGUUGAUAACAAUAAUUUAUGGGAAGAAUGGAAUCAAGAGUACGAAAUCAUUAUUAACCAAGGAAUUAAUUUAGUAUUUUUCAAAUUCUUAACCAAAAAAAUUAAGAAUUAUAUCCAGACAGUAAUUACAGAAAAGUAUUUUCAGCUCGGAUUUAAAUUUGAUCCAAUUACCCAAGAAACAUUUAUACCAAAACCAGAUGACUCAAUUGAGCUAGAAUUGGAAUUUAAAACAACAGAUGAAUAAAACAAAGAUAAUAGUAAUAAAGACUCAUUAAAUGUUGUAAAAAAAUAAAUUACAUUCUAUAUUUACGUUUAAAAAUAAACCACACUUACAUAAUUAAUUUGUAAAUCUUUGGGUAACCAUUUAAACAAAAUAAUAUGAUUUUAUUUUUAAUUUUUUUUUGAAUCAUUAAUAAUAAAUGAUAUAAAUAUAUAUGAUUAU